UGGAAAUAAAAAUGCCCAAGGGAUUUGUGGUUGUGAAUUUUACGAGUGAAUUAGGUAUAAAAGCGACUCUUGAAGUCACGGACUAUAACAACCUUAUCAGCCAAGUGAUCUUAAGACUUAAGAAAGACAGUGAACCUGUUAAGGAAAAUCCUGGUGCAAAUGAUAUCGACCAAGAAGAGCUCUUCUCAAUUACAUAUCUUGACGAAGAUGGCGAUCGGGUAACAAUUAGUUCACAAGAAGAUUUUGAUGAAGCUGUAGCCUAUUUUAAAAAUGAAGGAACUGACGUGAACUUAAUGGUUAGAGAGAAAUUGAUUGGGUCCGUCCAUAUCAAUCAACUCUCUCAUUUAGUCUUCACAGAAAGUUCAGAUGAGAUAGAAAGUAAAGAAGAGCAAAUAGAAUGCCAGAAUACGGACGAGAAGGUCUGCUCUAAUGAAGGACUGAUGUUUUCAGAAAUUGCUCCUGUAAAGAAAGAUGUUCAGCCAGUUUUCCUCACUCAAUCCUGUUUUGAUGAGGUCUCUGACUUGACAAAUCAGAUGAAUACUGACAAAAAGGAGGAAAUAAAAGUAUCUAAACCUAUUGAAAAGGAAGAUACCUGAAUUGAGAAAAAGUCAACCAAAAAUGCUCAGAAUGUGCCACAAGAUUAUGUUGAAGAUCCUAAAGUGGAAAACUUAGAGGAGCCAAAGUUAAGCCAGAGAGCCUCCUCCUACAACUCAUACUGUGAGUCUUACUUCGAUACCAUCAACGAGCUCACUGAUGUAAUGCAAGGCCUCGGAGUUGAGUUUGACAAGUUAUCCAAAAAGAUCUGCGAAGAAGAAAAAGCAGAGGGCAAAUCAGAAGAACCGCAGAAAAAUCUUGAAACCUCUAAGAAAUUAGAAGAGCAAGCCUCUGAAGAAGUAGAAGAGAAAGAACAGAAGGAUGAACUCGAUCUGUUAGUUUCCGAUGCUCAAAGUGAAGGUGAAGAAGAAUCUAAAUCUGAGAUAGAUCAACCCAAGUCUUCUGCAGAGAUAGUAGAUGAAAAGAGUAAACCACAGAAGCUCCUUCAAAAUAAGUUGAAGGAAGAGCUCCUAGAGAGACCCAAAGAGAUAGAACUAAAGAAACAGGAGAUUCAGCAGGAAAAGGAUCCCAAAAUGGAGAUUUCUAAGGAGACUUAUGUUAAAGAAAAUUCUUUCGCUGAUAAAAAUCAAAGCAAAAUCGAAAUUUUUGAUAAGAUAAAAGAAGAAAAAGGAAAGUUAGAGGAAGAAGCAAAGAAAUGAGAGAAAGAAGCUAAAAGACAGAAAGAAAUAAUGGAAUUGAAAGACUUUGAAAAUACUCUUUACAAAAAAUCAGAGCAUAAGGAGAUCACGUAUAAGCCAUUUGUAGGGAGGAAAGAAGGCCCUCCUAUUCCAUGCAAUAUUUGUGAGAGCCCCAAAAUACAAGGAAUAAGAUAUUUCUGCAUUCAGUGCCCGAACUUCAACAUGUGUAGUAACUGUGACUCUAUUAUUAUCCAUGAACAUCCUCUCAUGAAGCUGAGAACAUCUGAAGAUAUAGUUAAUUUCGCCAAAUGCUUACAAAAUAGGCAAAAAGAAUCUAUAGAAGAGAACAAGGAAGAUGAAUUUGGAUCUGACUUCUAUAUCCCACAGGCCAAAGUAAAUCAAAGCUUCAUUGAAAAGCAGCAAAACAAGUUUUAUCUUGAAGAAUCUGAAAAGUAUUCUGACGAGAAUCUGAGAAAUUGUCAAGCUGUUUGUACAAACAUGAUGCCACCAUUGGAUUAUACUAUUAAUACUAUCAGUAGUGAUAUAUGCUUGACUGUCACUCUGAAGAAUACUGGGAACAUAGCAUGGCCCAAAGGCUUCAAAGUAUGGAGUGAUCAAGCUGAAGUUGGAGGAAAAUGACUCAUUGAGAGCAAACUUAACAUUGUUACAAUCGAUCCUGAUGAGGAGAUUAUUUUAGAUGUUAAGAUCAAAAACCCAAAGCAGGUUGGAAAGUAUUAUUAUAUCUUCUACCUUGUUGAUGCUGAAGGAAGAAGAUUUGGAGAGUCCUUUGAGUUUAUUUUCAGAGUCAAGAGUUCAAUGGCUAAUGGAAAUUACAAUCCAUUUAGCUUCAUCCCAGUAAACCCUCCAUCCCAAAGACUUCCUUCAUAUCCUAAGCCCUAUGACCCAGCAGAAAGAUCUGCUUUUGAUGAUAGUUAUAUCAACCAAGACAUAUGGGGCAGCCAGAACCAAAAUAACUAUUAAACCUCAAUUUCUAAAACUAUGGUCUUUCUUC